GGCGGAGCGCGGGGGCGGGGGCGGGGCGAGGCCGCCCGCUGCCGGGCGCCGAGCGCUGCUGUUCCGUGGUGAGGUGGCCAGUCCCCGGCCCCGCGGCCCGGUCCCGCGCCAUGCCCGCCCCAGACCCGGGCGCCUCGCCUCUCUGAGCCACUGUCCGCUCGGGACGCCGUGGGGGAGGCCAUGGCGGAGCCCUUGGAGGCGGCGAGCGUGGCCUCGGCGGGCGGCGGCAAGCUGGAGCCCAAGGAGGACUCGGAGGAGCUGGAGCCGCUGCUGCCGCGCCUCGCCUGGGCCCCCCCGCGGAAUGGCGCCCCGGGGAGCGCCGUGAGGCUGGUGGACGCCGCCGGGGAGCCCGACGCGGCCUCCCUGCACGGCUCGGGCGACCAGGACCUGCUGCUGCCGCCGCCGCCCGCGCCGCACGGCCCCGCGCCCGGCCUCCCGCGCCCCGAGCGCGGCCACGUCUCAGAGUUGAAUACAUUCUCGGAUGACGCAGACUUUGCUGCUGUCAUAUUGAAAGCAGAGCAAGCAAUAGAAUUUGGCGUUUUCCCAGAAAGAAUCUCUCAAGGUUCCAGUGGAAGUUACUUUGUGAAGGAUCCUAAGAGGGCAGUUCUUGGGGUGUUUAAGCCCAAGUCGGAGGAACCUUACGGAAACCUGAAUCCCAAAUGGACCAAAUACGUGCACAAGGUCUGCUGCCCCUGCUGCUUCGGCCGGGGCUGCCUGCUCCCCAACCAGGGCUACCUGUCCGAAGUCGCCGCCUCCCUGGUCGACGAGAAGCUCCACCUGGGCAUUGUGCCGAAAACCAGGGUGGUUUGGCUUGUCAGUGAGACAUUUAAUUAUAGCGCAAUUGACCGUGCAAAAUCAAGAGGCAAGAGGUAUGCUUUACAGAAGGUGCCCAAAGUGGGUAGGAAAUUUCAUCGCAUUGGACUUCCUCCUAAGGUUGGUUCCUUUCAGUUAUUUGUGGAAGGUUACAAGGAGGCCGAAUAUUGGCUGAGGAAGUUUGAAGCUGACCCUUUGCCUGAGAAUACUAGGAAACAGUUUCAGUCACAGUUUGAAAGAUUGGUGGUUUUGGAUUACAUCAUCAGAAACACAGACAGGGGAAACGAUAAUUGGUUAAUCAAAUAUGAGAAGCAGGAGCUUAAUACUCAGGAAACAAAAUCAGUUGAGAAAGAACCACUUAUUAAAAUAGCUGCAAUUGACAAUGGUCUAGCAUUUCCUUUCAAACAUCCUGAUGAAUGGAGAACCUAUCCAUUUCACUGGGCCUGGCUUCCUCAAGCAAAGGUUCCUUUUUCUGAAGAAAUAAAAAACCUGAUUCUACCCUGUGUUUCUGACAUGAACUUUGUGCAAGAUCUAUGUGAAGAUCUUUAUGAACUUUUUAAGAUGGAUGCAGGAUUUGACAAAGCCAGUUUUGAAAAUCAGAUGUCUGUGAUGAGGGGGCAGAUCUUAAACCUCACCCAGGCCCUGCGCGACGGCAAGAGCCCGGUGCAGCUGGUGCAGAUGCCGUGCGUGGUGGUGGAGCGCAGCAAGGGCGGGGGCCAGGGCCGAGUCGUGCACCUGAGCGGCUCCUUCACGCAGACGGUGCACUGCAGGAAGCCCUUCUUCUCCUCCUGGUAGCCGCUGAGCGGAACCUCGGCCGCCUCCCGCCUCGCCCGAGCCGGUUUCUGAAUGGAAGCACAAGUUUACAGGGGCGCUCGGGGUUUUUUUCUGUCCAGAAUAUUAAAUUUAUUUCAGGGAUGAAGUGUUGUAUCUUCUAUAUUGUAUUUUUCUAGGAAAAUUGUAUUUUUAUUAUUAAAAGUUAUUGAUGCCAGUUAAAAAGCUGAUCUCAUGGUUUACACAUUUUUGAAAAUAACUGUAAUGAUCAUUUUUAGAAUUCCAGGUAGAAAACGAGGUAUUUGUGGGACUUUGAAUACAAUGAUUUUUUUUUUAUAUUUUUUUAAACAUUGAAAAGAACAAAGAGACUCUUCUCCAAUUACAAAAGGCUGCUAAGAGUACUGCUGUUCUUGGAACUUUUGUACAUGCUAGAAAAUCAAGAAUAAUGCCAUGUUGCCUUAAUUUUUUAAAGCUGCUAUUUUAGAACUUGAAUAAAUGUCCUUAAAGUGACAAUUGCUAGAGGUCACAGACUAUUUUCUUUCUUACACUUCAAAAUAUUUUUGUCAGUUGUCUUGUAAGUGGGGGUGUGAGGAAGCUAAGGCUACCCCCUUAAAAAUAAAGAGACUCAACCAAGACAGGGAAUCAUAGGAAAUUAAGACAGAUCUCUGUUAUAUUGAAAUUUCUAAAAUAGCAUUAAAAUUUCCCUUGGGGCCAGAGAGAGUCCAACAGGUAAGACAUUUGCCUUGCAUGUGGCUGACCUGGGGCUCCAUCCCCAGCACCCCAUAUGGUCGCCCAAGUUCCACUCUGUGUGAUUCCUGAGUCAGGGCCAGGAGUAAGCCCUGCACACCACCAGGCAAGGCCCAAAAAGGAGAAGUGAAAUUUCCCUUUGGAGACGGGAUAGUUCAAAGGGCCCGUCACACACUCUGCAUGCAGGAGACCAGAAUCGAUCCCUGGAACCAAACCAUAUGGACCCCCUCCCACACUCCCCCUCCCCCGCCGCCCCCCACAUGGCCCAGAGUGACUGUCACACAACCUUCUAGAACGACCCCACUGGGUGGGGCCCCAAAACAGAUGCCACCCCACCCCCCAUUUCCCUUUUGUUUCUUGCAUGGGACCAAUUAUUUUAAUUAAUACUUCUGAAUUUUCUUCUUCAGUUUAGUUCUACAAUCAGUGCUUUUACUGGAAAAUAAGCCUUACCUCAAAGUGUCAGUUGGAUUGCGUUUUGGGUUCUCAGAACAUAGCUUAAUACACAAAAUAACUGUAGUGUCCGUGAAGUGACCCACGUGCUAUUGAGAGUCCACUUUUGGCAGACAGGCCUCAUUCCAAGCGGGGAGGGGCCCAGAGAUAGAGUACAGCCUGUAGGGCACUUGCCUUGCACCAGCUGAGCCGGGUUAGAUCCCUGGCACCCCAUAUAGUCCCCUGAGCAUUGCCAGGAGUAACCCCUAAGCACCACCAGGUGUGGCAGAAAUAAAAACUAAAUGAAGAGCACGCUGCAAUUCUCCAAGAGAUCAUUUCUACCUGAUUUUGAUUUCCAGUAUGUCAGAUUUCCUGGGAAUUUGUAGCACUUGGGAUCCACAGAAUGAUUCAAUUGCGAGAGGAGGGCCCACCCGCUUCCCGCUUCCCUCUCCCGGCUCCAGAGAGCCUUCCCUUCACACCAAAUUGGACAGUUUGUGGUUUCGGCCUUUUAUUUGUACUUUUGUUUUGAUUAAGGGUUUUUUUGGUUUGUCUUUUAAAGUAUUUCCAGAAAGUCCAGUUAGGCUUGAUAGACAGGCGUGUGUUUCUCCCUACUUCCUGUCCUAGAUAUGGGGGAGGGGACGGUGUCUUGCCCACCCCCUCCCUAUUGAAGUCUGAGUGCUAAGACGAUGAAGGUGACUGGGACAUUGAGUGCUCAGGCUACUCUCUGCAGGUAAAUGCUGGCAAUGACCUUGUGCCUUUGCAUGUGUGUACUAGCAGGAAGUGGCUGUGAGGUGUGGGGACAUGUUUCUCAAAGUUCUGUCAGUGUUUCUGUGGAUUUCUGUGUUAACAUUCUUAUGGAAGUUUUGUUAUUGUCAAUAACAGUAGUAAAUUGUUACUGCUUUGUGUCCUAAAAUUGAAAUCGGAGGAAAUAUUUUUAAGUGGGCUGACCAGGCCAGAUGAGUAAUUUUGAACUAUUUAAGAUACAAUAAUAAGUUGGUUCUGUUGUAAAUUUUUAUGAACUUAAUUCCUAUUUAAAUAUUGUGUUAAUUUUUCAAUGAAUAUGUUUAUAGUAUCAAAUUUGGCGGAAUACAAUUAAUAAAAAUUACUGUCUAAAAGUUAAAAUUGUUCCUGAAGUUAAUAUACUGAACAUUUGCGGUGUUUUUGAACACAUUUGUGUUUAUAAUUGAUGCCUACCCACAUUUUUCUUCCUUCAUAAAUUAAUGUAUAGUUUUAUUCCUUACAACUUUAAAAGAUAUAUGUCACUGGAUCCCUAAGGUGUUUUCAUUUAGUUUUAAUUAUAUGCUGCCUUAUUCUGCCCCACAUUUAUUAUCAGUUGAAGACUGGGAAAAUGAUUUGUUUUACUUGUUUGCAGAUUUGAAAGUGUUGAUUUACAGGGUUUUUUUUUAAUUAUUUUAAAAUAUUGUGCUGAUGGAAUUAAAGCUUUAU